UGAAACUGUAGAAAAGAAGAUACAUAAUUCUGUUGAUAGUGAAGAUGUUGACUAUGAGACUGAUAAUGAGAAAAACAUUGGCUCUUCGGAAGAAACUGCGAAUGAUGAUAGCGUGUCUUAUGAGGUUUUGAGGCGGAGUGCUGAUGUCCAGCAGAAUGUUCAGCCGAAUGAUCUUGAUAAUAGUAAAAAUGAUGAACAUGUUGGUGAAUGUGUUGAUGGUGAAAAGGUAUAUUUUUUCAUUUGUUAACAGCUAGAUAAUUUAUUGUUUGCUUUUUUAUUAAUCUCUUUUUUUUUAUAGAUUGUUACUGAGGUUAAUGUAGAGUUGGAAGGCUUAUUGCAUGAUAAUCCUGAAAUUGAGGAAGGAAUUUGUGGUGAGAUGGAUGGUGGUGUUGUUGCUGAAGCUGACACUGUUGUUGAUGACUCGGAGAGGAAUUUUGACGUGGAUGCUCUUUUUGAUAGUAAUCCUAAUGAGUCUACUGAAAACAUUGAUGAAGUUAAGCAUGCUGAGUUGGCUGAGAAAAUUGAACAAGUUGAGGAAGCUGAGUUGGUUGAUAAAAUGGAUUCAGAUGGAGAGGGUGAUAGGAUUCAAAAAAUUGAUGAUAUUGAGCAGGCUGAGCUGGAAGAACAAGCUAAGAAAGUUGAUCAUGUUGAUAUUGUGGUUGCUCAAGAGAAUGAAAAAUUGGUUUUAAAUGAAAAAGAAUCUGAGUUGGAGGUAUCUUUACAAUUUGGAUAAUUUGAUGAUACUGAUAUAUAAGAUAUUCUAAUGAUAAUGUAUUUCUUUUUAUAUGUGAUGUAAUGACAUUUUAUUAUUCUGACUAAUAAUGUCUUAUUUAAAUUUAGAAAUAUUAUAA